UACAAUUUCUUUGCAACAAGGAUCUUUGAACUCUACGCCAAUUCCCUAGUCUCCAAGAUCCCCUGGAAGUCCUUGCUGGACGAUGCUAAAUGCCUCGUGUACGUGAGUGUCCAAAAUGCACCGUACAGAGGUGCAUCAAUGUCACCAUGAUUUGGUGGUUUAAUUUUCGUUCGAGAUGAAACAGUCGCGAAAAUAGGGCUUGGCUAUAAAUACGGAUGAUUGAGAGCUGAAAGUCAUCAGUUCACUUGCAGCUUCAGUGUGAGCACAACCUCCACACACGAGAACUAAAGUUCGACAUCGGAACAAUCUGUUCAGUGACUCUUCACACCCACAGCACAAAAGAAAAGAUGGCCUUCAAUAACAAAGUCAUGAUUGCCUCCACUGUGGCAGUAGUAUUCUUCAUUCUCUUGGUUCUGGAUCAACCCUCGAGUGCGGAGGCGGGCCAUGGGCAUGGUCACGGGCACAAAGCUCACGGCACUGCCUGCAUCGUGAAAGGUUCCUAUUGCUCUUGUCAUUACUGCAAGUGUGAGAAAGGACACAUCCAUUGUGGAGGAUACGGCAAGAAAGGCUACGGCAAGAAGUACUGUUAUGGAUCCAUGGAAGGUGAAUAUUGUCAUUGUGACUAUUGCAAAUGCAAGCACGGCUACGGCUCCUCAGGCUACGGCAAGUGUCACUAAGGACAACACACUCUCAUCAACAAAAUUUGCCCCAAAAUGAGGGUCUUCCUCGUUGGAAUCUCCAAACGAAAAUCGGUGGUGGUGGAGUGAUCGUCAAAUCAUUCGCAGAAUGUUGAGCGUUUUCAUUGAUCCGUAUUGCGAUCUAGUCAACAAUUGAUCGAUUCUUUGUUAAGAGUCAACAAAUAAAAUGCAAUCAUGUUAGUAAAUAUGAUUGAAGCCCA